CUGGAGGGCGACCAACAAAGACGCCUUUUUAACGCCGCUCCGACCCUUGGCUUCCCAUUCAGAAAGAGGAAAAGUUUGCAAGUGACUGGAAUAAAUUUUGAAAAACUACAAAAUAUUAUAUUGAAAAUUUCCAUUAAAAAAAAUUUCGGAAUUAGGACAUGAAGAAGACAUUGAAUAACACUACUAAUAAUAAUAACAUGUCCUAAAAGAGACACAAGUGAAUGAAUGUUCUGAUCAUUGUUGGUGAAUAUAGAGUGAAAGUUAUGAUCAUUACAAAAAAUAUGCAGAAAAUAUAAAAGACUCCAGAAAAUAUAUAAAAAAGACUAGAUAAUAUAAAAAAUAUCCUGAAACUAUAAAAUAUAUAUCCUGAAAUUAUUUAAAAUAUCCAGGAACUUUAAACACUCCAAAAAUAAAAUAUCAAGAAACUACAAAAAUUAUAUAGAAAAGUCCAAAACAGUCAUAAAAUAUUUUAAAAACUAAAAAAUAAUAAUUAAAAACUUUAGAAAAUAAAAAAAGAAUUCCUGAUAAUUAAAAAUUUCCAGAAAAUUAAAAAAAAAUCCAGAAAAUUAAAAAAAUUCCAGGAAAAACUCCAGAAAAUAGUAAUAAAAAAAUUUUCAAAUAAACAUUAAAAUCUUUUUCUAAACCGCCAUUUUGGAAUGAGACAAUGGCACAGCACAAACAGCAGUACCAGCAGCAGGGCACGCUCACCCAUCCAUCCGUUGACCUCACCUUUGGGUCACAGAGGGUCGAUGUCAACUCGUCCACUCCGUACUCCGACGCUACCCAGACCAAGAAGCACCCGGCCAACCACAUCAAGCGCCCCAUGAACGCCUUCAUGGUUUGGUCCCAGCUCGAGCGGAGGAAGAUCGUCCAGAGGCACCCGGAGAUGCACAACGCGGAGAUCUCCAAGCGACUGGGCAAGCGGUGGAAGUCCCUCUCCUCUGCCGAGAGGCAGCCCUACGUGGACGAGGCGGAGAGACUCAGGCUUCUCCACAUGCAGGAGUAUCCCGAUUAUAAGUACCGGCCGCGGAAGAAAGCCCGCCUUUCUACGCUCUGCAUCUCUUCGGGACGCGGAGGAGACCGCUCUCCCUCCCCUGGAGGCAGCAACGGAGACCUGACCACUUCCCGCCGCAAGCGGAGACCAGCCGUGAAGAUGCUGUCCUCCACAAGGCUGCGCAUCACGGUCACGUCUGCCCCAAAGACCGGCCAGGCGUCCCACCACAGGAGGCGGAGACAGAAUGCUGCCGGGGGUAAGGGUAACACUCAGAAGGGGAAGAAGUCCUCCAAGGGGCGGAGGGGCGGAAAAGCAGCAAGUCGUGGAGGAGAGGAGGAGGCCAGAGGAAGAGGGCCACUCCUGCAUUCUCCUCCUCCUCCUCAGGAGGCAGAGCUAGGGUUGCUGUCAAAGAGGCCAAGGGGCUCUCCAGGUCCUUCAUCCGACACGCCCUGACCGCCCACCCCUCCGAGCCCCGUCUGCAACUCACCCGCAGCAGCAGACACCGGACUCUACUAUCUGGACUCAUCCUCCGAUUCCGAGGACUCGGAUUCCGGAAUCGGCUCCGGGCCGGAGCCUUCCGUGGGCCUCAUGGGGUGCUGCUCAGUCCUCGACACUCCGACUCCCUCCCCUGAGCCGGUCAGGCGCCGGACGGUGCUGGCUCCGGCUUCCUCCUCGUCCAGUCAUCAGGAGAGCCAGGAUAAUCUGUCAUACUUGGCGGACAUCUUGCAGAUGUCUCCAGAAUUCCCAGUGGACGACCUCGACCUGAGUCCCCCAGAGCUCGACCUGGAAUCCUGCUCCUCGACCGCAACCUCGGGUUCCGGCUCCCACUUCGAGUUCUCCCUCUGCGACGUCGGACUUGCCGUCUCAGACUGGCUGGACCCUUCGCUAAACAGCCUCAUCUGCUCGUAACCAGGUCGUCGCGAUUCCCCCUUCGAGUGAUUCGCCCGGAGCAAUACAUUUUCAAGGAUCUCGUAACCAGGAUUCGUCCACAGAUGCCAGACGGAUGGACAGCGGAUCCGGAACCAGGAAGGAUUCAGAAGGGAACGACGAAACCUGCCGACGAGAUCCGUCUAUAAUUAUUAUUAAUAAUUAUCAUUAUGAUAUCAAAUUCCAAAUGUGAGAGAGUUAGUUGGUGGUGUAAGUAAGCGAAAAGAAAACCAGGAGAUUAAACAGGAAAGAGGUGGCUUUGUUGGAUCUCCGCCCAGGCCCCUUUCCGUCUCUGGAUUGUCCUGGAGACAGAGAGGAGAUGUGCGGACCCGUGGAAUAUGCAUAUGCAACCGUUCGUUCUGUUUGUUCGCACAGGACUGGACACGUUUGUAACCAGGUCGCAGCAUGCGUUUGUUUGUUUGUUUGUUUGUUGGCCGAACUCAUCACGUUUUUUUCUCACAACCUCUCAGGUAGAACCUAAGUCAGCAGACCAAAAAUAAACAAAAUAACCCAAUAAACACUACUGUUAAAACCAGACGUAAACCAGAAACAAACCUUAACAAUAAACCCGUUCAAAACAGAUCGCGAAGAAGAAUCCACACGCACAAAGUGUAAUAAUAGAACAGUUUUGGUGGAUAUUUUUACGUGUUUGUAUAAUCAUGUGUUUAUAUAUAAUCAUGUGUUCGUAUAAUCAUUUGUAAUGGCUAGUCAACAAGAGGGGCUGCCCGGUCACCGCAACCACGACAAUAGUGAAAACAACACCUCGGUUAGCGCAGGCGUAUAACCAGAUUAACCAGCGUGACUGGACCCUCUUCUUCUUCCUCCUCCUCCUCCUCCUCCUCCUCCUCCAGAUAUAGUGUCUUUCAGAGCUAAUCAACUUCCUGUUUCCCACUUUCCAGUCGAAGGGUUUGACCUUGACUUUGCCUCAAAGCUCUUGCCAGAGACGAGGUUUCUUUUCACCCUGACUUUGCCACAACGCUGCCAGAGUCGAGUGUUUGACCUCGACCUGGCUGCAACGAUGGAGUUUUUUGGAGGGCACAGCCCGUUUAUCUCGGUGGGCCAAAACGCGCACACCCAGUUAAGGAAGAGACGUCAUUCAAGGGAGAAGUCGAAAAGCGAAUGUCUCAAGGUCUCGGAGGGAUACUACAGUCCAACAGUCCGACAUCCAGAGCCAAUUUUGUCUUCUUUGGUUUCCGUUGUCGACCUUCUGGAGAAAAUUUUUUUUCUAUAGUUACCGUCCAAAAACGAAACAACUUCCCACCCCGUCUCUUGAAAGCCACUUUCCUUCUGAGUUUGUCGGACUCUGUUGUCAGCUGAUCGAAGUCGUUCUGUUUGGUUCCCGUCGAGGUAAAGGAUGGUUGGUUUUAACCUUACUGCCAAGCCGGGUCGCAGGUCCCAGGGGACCUCUGACCCACGUGCUCUAACCAAGGUCAGGUUUAGACCAUACUGCCAUUUAUUAUUAUUAUUAUUAUUAGAUUUUGACCUCUCCGGAGGUCAAGAGGUUUUGACCCUCGAACUUGCCAGAGGUUUUUUGAACUUACUGCCACGCUGAACCUCAAACUUGUUGUGUUGGCAAGAUUUUUAGCAGAUUUUAUCAACUCUGUGGUUAAGUGGAGGAUUGUGUCAAGUUCUCGAAAGAUUUUAAUCGAGGUUUCUCUGCAGAUUUUGUCAGGAAUCUGCGGAGUUUUUUUAUCUCUGUGGUAAAGUGGGGGACUUUGUCAAGGUCUCUGAAAGUUUUAUCAAAAUUUCUGCAGAAUUUGGCAAGAUUUUUGUGGAUUUUGUCAAGCUUGUUGGACUUCUGCAUAUUUUAGCAAGAUUUUGACGGAUUUAGUCAAGAUUUUUGCAGACUGCCAAUAUUUUUACAAAUUUUAACAAGAGUUGUGCAUAUUUUACCAAGAUUUCAGCAGAGUUUGUCAAAAUUUAGCAGAUUUGAUCAAUAUUGAUGCAAAUUUUACAAAAAUAUGUGGGAAUUUGGCAAGUUUUGCCAGAUUUUGUCAAGAUUGUAAUAAAUUGUGAAAACAUUUUAGCAAAAUGUCUGCAGUUUGUCAAGAUGUGUCAGUUUUAUCAAUAUUUAUGCAAAGUUUGCUAAAAAAAAAAUAUUUGGGAAUCUGUCAAGAUUUUGGCAGAUUUCAUCACCACCUUUGUGGUUGAGAUGACACACUUGCUUGUCCUCUGUGCAGAUUCUGGCAAAGACUUCUGCUCGAUAAUGUCACCUUGGCAAACGUUUCGCCACCCAUGUGUAAUCCAUCCUCAGUGAACUUUAGGGCCAAGCGGAAACGGCCGGUUUGUCGGCCCGACAGACUGGUGCGUCGCAAUAACGACCCCCGCUCACGUAUCUACGAGAUCUCCGCAUCAAUUAUCCAUACAUAAAUAUAUAUACGACAUAUAGUACAUAUAUUAUAUAUAUACAUAUAACCAAACCUCGUCUGUGUACCGUAGGGUUAAGGCGUAUUUAUAUAUAUGGGGCAUCUUUUUAUUACUUUUAUAUUAAUCCAUAAAUAUUGGUUUUUUGCACUUCAUUGUGAUCUGUACAUAAAUAUAUAUAUAAAUAUAUCAUAUAGGCAUUACAAGAAACCCUCCCACUAUGUUAGUCGAUGUGGUCUGGGCAUGUUUUGGGAAUUGAUGUAAUCAACAAGCUUGUCGUGUGCUCCGUACCCUUGCGUUUUUUUUUUUUUUUUUUUGACGAGGAGCGGUGUUGACCUUUUUAUACGGCCAUCUCGGUGCCCGAAUGGUACGUCGGUGUCACUACUAGGAAGGGAGACACGGAGAUCGGUGACAGGAACAGCACAGAUUUGAUUCACGGGCAACACACGCGGAGAUUCGGUCAGCUCGGUACAGUGUGGAAUUGAUUCCCCGCUGAGAAGACCGGCACGAACGACACCAUCCACCAAGAGACGAGGUGAUAGAGAGUCCCGCCACCCUCCACCCACCCCCAUCGAGCCCCCAUACCACGAGUCAGUCAGUCAGUGAGUCAGUCAGUCAGUCCGUGAGCCAGAGUCAAAGUUGGUGCCUGCGCGGGAGUUCUCUUCAAUAUCUCAGGUAUACUAGAUUAUGUCCGAUUGUAUUCUAAUAGAAUCUCUCUCAUGUUGUUAUUAUUUCCUUUGCAAUAAACAAGUGGAUACUCUUGAAAGUCAAAGACAUUCGUUUGCAGAUACUAUUGAAAGUCAUAGACGCGUUUUUCCACGGGGGUUGGAGAUGGGGGAGGGGAGCUUUCCAAAGGUUUUCCGCUGAUUCUCGUGGUUAUUCGCCAUUGGAGAUUGUCAUUUUUCUGCCACCCUGUCGCCCAAGAAGGGUUCAAUAAAGGUUGGGGUCUCUAUCUCUUGCUUGGGAAGGUCAAAGUUAAAGCAAAGGUCAGAAACUUCCCAGCGGUCAUCGGAGAAAGCGAAAAUGUGAAAACGCCAGCCAUCGAAAACUUGCGCCGGUGGAUGGUGACGUGUGCUGAGGUCAAACCGAAAUGCCCUUGAACUCUCACCAACAAAUAAGUCAAGGGCAAAAGUCAACGGGCAAAGGUCAAAGGGCAUUAGGGUACGGAGACAUCAGUCGUUUCUCAUUGGUUGUAGAAGUUAGGUGUUGAUAGGCUGUAAGGUCUCUGUGUAACUUGGCUGUUCUUGGGCACGGCGCGGUGACCUGUGAGCCCUCUCUCGAGAUGUAGCCACACAAAUACCCAUAAAUACUUACAAAAAAUACCCACAAACAUAUUGCCAAAUACCAACACCCCACCCCACACAAUUACACUCCUGAAUACCCAUAUGAUUGCUAACAAAAUUGCCAAUUUCUUACAAAGGUUGAAGAAAUACCCAUAUAAAACUCAUACAAAUACCAACACAAUUACCUACAAAAUACCCACAAAACACAAACAAAUAAACAUGGAAUACCCACUAAAUAGCCACAGAAAUACCCACAAAUAUCCACAGAAAUACCCACAAAGUAUCCACGAAGCACUCACGUACAGGCUCACAGCUCGAGGGCAGGUACUCACUCCAUCGAGCCACGUCCAAUACCUUAGUAGUACUUGACAUAUUACUUACCAAUAAUAAUUAUAAUAAAAUAUACUUAAAAAAAUAUACUUACGUAGAAAAUCGCUUUGUGAUAGCUAUUCUAAGUAGGAUUUUAUAUACCGGACGAAAUACAGUGCUAGAAUUAAAAAGGUUUUAUAUAACGAAUAUACGACGAGACGUUCGAUAAGAUUCGGUUUAUAUUUUUUUGUCUCUCCGCGGAUUAAAGAUACAACAUGAAAUCGGUGCUAUAAUUGAUAUAAUUGAUAAUUAGGAUUAUUUUAUAUUCUUUAAGUUUGUACAGCUUUGUUCGUCUCAUUGAAGUGAUUACUAAGUUUGUUCUAACUGUUUUUCCUGUGUUAUAUUUAUAUUUCUGUUGAUCUGAUUUGCCUUAAAGAACCAGUUAACAUAGACAGACACUGUUUGAUAGAAGGUAAUGACGUCACGAAUGUAAACAAAACCACUUGACCUUUUGUUUACAUUUUGGCAGAGGGGUUGCCAUUUAGUCAAUUCUUCAUUAAUUUAUUCAUUUAUUUAUUCAUGUUCCUUACUCUCUCUCUAUCUCUGUCUCUCUGUGACAUAAAAUAAUUGUAAAAAUCAGUACAAAAUAGACAAAUGGCAUCUGGAACUGUCACGCAUUCUAUAUAUUUCAUAAAUGCUUUAUAUAUUUUGUAUAAAAUUGAACGAUCGAGAAGGAAUUCUGGGAUCAAAUUUGGAGUCGAUUUGUCAAACAAUCCCUAAGUUUUUGUUUUGUUUUAGUGAUAAGUUCUGUAUAUUAUUUUUCCACAUCAAUAUUUUUUGUUUUUAUUGAAUAAAUAAAUAAGAAAAAGACUCUUUUGUUUCCAAUUAUUAUUAUUUUAAAUUCCACCCGUUCCCCGUUACUUCACCUUAUGCCAAUUGAAGGCCAACGGUGCUGGCAACUUAGGUAGGACGAGAAAGAAGUCUUUGGGAUGUGGAGAUCGGAGAAGAAUAAAAAGACAUUAGAUUUAUAUUAAAAAAACUUUAGUCUUUUACGCAUAUUACUUCAGACCACACUCUCGUUAGUUCGUGCUCUUUUCGGGAGGCCGAGAAAAUAAGGUUGCUUUCCUCCUUCCUUCGGACACCGCCCCCGUUUCCCCGAGGCCGCACUGCACGCACAACGCUUCGUUCCUUAUUUUUUUUUUUUAACAAUUCUUAACAAAUUAGUUCCUUAGCUUCCUCCAGUCUCCACAUGAGUUUCUUUGCUUCCUCCAGUCUCCACAAGUUUUACCAAUGAUCUCCACAACCGACCGAACGACCACUUUGAAGCAUAUCAGCGACGGUCAGUUACAAAAAAAAAAAAACAGACAUAAAAAAAUUGAAAAAAAGUGAAAUUGAGUGUGAAAAAUAAAUCAACCCCAAAAAAAUUAAAAAAGCAAACAAAUAAAUUGUGUUGGAAAUCAACAAAACAAGUGAAUAAAAAACAAAAACAAUCUCUCGUAGGCUUAAGACCAGGAACCAAUCUUUUGUAGUUUGUAUAAUCCAAUCAAUAAUAAUCAUGUGAUUUUUACCAUAAUCUCCCAACUGUGUUUUAUUGAACCCACUCAUUUUCAAGGUCGGGUUUGACCCUGACCUUUAUCUGAGGGUCAAGGGUCAGAUAUUCUCUGGAUAAGGUAGG